UAAUCCCUAACACGCAGCGCCUGUGACCCGGCCCUUUUCAUUAGGACACGUCAGCUGAAUGUUCGGAACAAAUUUUGUGUUACACAGAAGCAAGUUUCGUUCCGAGUUUGUACCGGUACGCUGCUAAAUUCUAAGAAAUGUACUUGUCAUAUUUGGGAAAGAAAGAAAUGUGUUUUAGAUUAAAAGUCUGACCACUAUAUCAUGCUUUUUUAUUGCAAAGAGUGUGGUAGAGCGUGAUGUCUGAGAAGAUAAAGUAAUGCCUCUUUCUAUCGGGACUGUUAAACAGUAUCGACAGAAGGAAGAAUAUUGGAAACAUAUAUAGCUUAAUGCUUAAGUGUUGAGAAGCAUGCCAGCAUCAGUCAUGCAUAAUAAACAAAGUCGCCAGAGAAGACAAAACCAUCAUUCCUAUGAAGUGAAACAAGAUUGCUAUAAUGGCAUUUCAGAACUGGAUAGUGAAGAAAGAGAAAUAUUGUUGCUUGAUGGUUACGAUACUGACUCUCCAUCUGUUUUGACUGUGCCUAAACUCCCUCAUGAAGAACUUAGAAGUAUAUUGCUGCUUUUGUUUCUUUACGUUUUACAAGGAAUUCCACUUGGUUUGGCAGGUAGCAUUCCUUUGAUUUUGCAGAGCAGAAAUGCGAGCUAUACAGACCAAGCUUUCUUCAGUUUUGUGUUCUGGCCAUUUAGUCUUAAGUUACUGUGGGCACCUUUAGUGGAUGCUGUAUAUAUCAAGGGAUUUGGACGUCGAAAAUCCUGGCUGGUGCCAACUCAGUACAUUUUGGGAUUUUUCAUGCUUUAUUUGUCAACUAAAGUGGAUUCCUUGUUGGGCUCCAACAACAAUGGUAGCCCAGAUAUUGUUUCCCUCACUGCAGCAUUUUUCAUGUUCGAAUUUUUGGCUGCAACUCAGGAUAUAGCAGUGGAUGGCUGGGCACUGACUAUGCUGUCAAGGGAAAAUGUUGGAUAUGCAUCAACCUGCAAUUCUGUUGGUCAGACUGCAGGAUACUUUCUGGGAAAUGUCCUCUUUCUGGCCCUUGAAUCCCCAGACUUCUGCAACAAGUAUCUAAGAUUCAAGCCACAGCCUACUGGACUUGUUACUCUUGCAGGUAAUUUUUGGCAGUCUGAUGCCUUUUGUAUUGUGUAAGUACAUUGGAUGAACUUUACCUAGAUAUACAAGCCAGCAUUCAUAUUUUAACAGUGUGAAGAGCUGAGCUGCAUUACAAACUGUAGUGAUUUGUGAAUGUUUGUUAGUAAAACGACUCUAGCAUAGUGGUGCAUAAAUACAUUUCCUUUAUUCUUUAAGUAGAUCACCUUUUCCUUAUUUUUUUACUGCAUAACAGAGGUCUCAAAGCGCAAGUGCACUUGGCUGCAUUUGGCAACUUGAAACACAGUUGUGUUUUUGAGUUACUAAUAGCCCCUAUAAAAGUAGAACACAACUGCCACUGUACUAAAAUGUUUGGUAUUGUGUAGUAAAUGUAAGGAAGUUAUCCCUGAUGGGUAGUAGACACUGGCUAUGAUGGCGUCUGUUGCUGCAUCACACUUCAUUGAAGUUAAAAACUGCUGUUGGCAAAUUCGGUUGAUUUGAGGUUCCUUGUUUCUCAGUGCAUGGACCUCUGAGGUAUGCAGUUUUGUUGUAAACUUUUGCAGGGCAAUAAAAAGAAUGAUAAAAUGAAAUGGUUUAGUUGUGUUAAUGUGAUGGGCCGUCUUGGCUAGGAACUCUGUUUUUCCAUUUGUAGAAUAAACGAAGGAAUUUAUAACUUUACCCAGAGUUUCCUUUUUAAGGAAUGACCCAGAAGCUCAGAGAAGCAGUGUUGCACAUUAUGCAGAUGGGAACUAUGAGAUUCACAGUCCAGUUUCCAGCUUUGGAGGCAGACUUCUUAAAUACUGUGCUGUGUAAUAAACUUUGUUACUUUAGACACUAAAAAUAUCAUAAACUAACACAUACCUACCUUGUUUUGCAAGAAAAUCUUUUAAUUGGCUAACCAGAUAGACUUGGUACCACAAGCUCUUUUUUUUUUUUUUUUUUCCUGGGCAAGCCAGGAGAACUCCAUGGCCAUUUGAUUUCCUGACAUACGUACAGUAACAAAAUGGAGACUGAAGGGAUUAAACCCAGGACUACAGAAUGAGCUGUUUUUCUGGUCAUAGUCUUAAUCCUGUGUGCUAAACUAUCAGACAUAUUCUUCAAGAUCCAUCACAGAUAUGCAUACAGUUUUGCAAGAGGAGUUGUUUAUUUUUAUUUUGUUUACAUCUGUUAAUGAGUUUGGUUAACUUGCCCAGGGUUUAUACUGAUCAAUGAAGCAAGAGUUAGGCAGUGAUAGUUGCAUACCUAGUUCAGAUGGGGGACAAUAAUUACAUAGGGAAAACCACUGAAAAAGUUUUGUUUCAAGGUGCCUUAGUUAUGGUUAUAUAGAUUGUGAAAACGACAAUGAAAUUAAUAGCUACAGUUAUGUUAUGUGCAUUUAAAUGUAAAUGUAAAACUUGCAGAUAUCCACCACUGUGGUUGCAAAUCUAGGUCUGUUAUCCAAGUCUGUUUUUUUUUUCUUUUUUCAGUUUAGAAUAUGUAUGAAUGUAU